CCAAUUUUUGUGUUGCCAUAUUUUAUUACACAUUGUUCCGUCUUUGUUGUCUUUCAAGGGAACCAAAAGGCGAUUCAAAUUUCAAACGGCCGCUGACUUCCUUCUCAGUCUCCACUCGACCCAACCUUCAUUCAUCCAAUCCACAAGAGGUGAUUACUCGCAGUCAUUCUUUCCGUUUCACCUCAGGUUCGAACGCUUUGAAACCUCAACUCCAAGAAUUAACACGUUCAAGUCUUCUGCAAUUUCCUAUUCUAUCCUCCGACGAUUCCAGGGUUAGGUGGCACUGCGUUGAAAUUGCAAUCCAUGGCAAAAGGUAAUAAAACUAACAGCUAUGAAGAGGCUCGUAAGCAACAACUUUUGGACAACCAGAAACGCUUACAGGAUUUGGGGAUUUUGAACAUCUCCAAAAGCUUAUCUAAUCUUGCAAAGUCAGACAAGAAGGUUCGGGCUCAGAAAGUACGACAAAAAUCAAAUGCUGCUUACAUGUUGGAACCAAGACGCUCUACACGUGCUCGAAAUCCCGUUCCAUCAUACCGUGAAAAUCUCGACGUAUUAGAACUUCCAUCUCUGCGGAAGAGGUCUAGGUUUAGCUCUUCAUGGGCAAGCUAUCUGGCAAGACCAAUAGAAGAAGUCAGAGUGGCAUCAUAUGAAGAAAGAUCCCAAGCUUUUAAGGCUGCAGAGAAACUCCAAAGCAAUCUGCAGUCUGGAAAUCCAUCCUUUGUCAAAUCAAUGGUUCGCUCUCAUGUCUAUAGCUGUUUCUGGUUGGGUCUUCCUACCAGAUUCUGUGAGGAUCAUCUACCCAAGUCAACAACGGACAUGGUGCUGGAGGAUGAGGAAGGAGCUGAAUUUGAUGCUGUAUUCAUCAGCAAGAGAACUGGGCUUAGUGGGGGAUGGAGAGCAUUUGCACUGGAACAUAAGCUUGAUGAUGGUGAUGCUUUAGUUUUCGACUUGGUUGAACCUACAAAAUUCAAGGUGUAUAUUGUUAAAGCAUCCCACUCUUCUAGUCAGGUCAAUGAGAUUGAAGAAGAAGGAGAAGAAGAAGAAAAAGCAGGAGAAAGUGAUGAAGAAGAAGAAACCAAACAUAAGCCUGCCAAAUUGGGAAAGAAAAGAGGCCGUCCAUCAAAAUAGUCAUAUUGUGGAGUAAAGUAGGUUGAAUCGUGGACCUCUGUCAUGUUGAAGCCAUUGUAGCUUUAAUUAUAUCUAUUAGCUGUAAAUAAGGUUAAUCUUAAUGCUCCCCUCAACUUUUGUAACACCUGGUGCGGAUAGAUCCUUUUGCACUGACAAGUGUAAUUGUAAUGUGUGGGGGGACUGAACCAGACUAGGACCAUUUGGUUUUGAACUAACAGACAACCCUUUUGGGAUGAAUUAAAUUAAUGGUAAUUUGUUAUUGCCUUAUCGGGUUUUCGG